UCCAGGAAGAGAAGAGAAGAAAAAGAAGAACAAUAACAAUGUCAAGCUUUCCAGAGGAAAUCAUAGAGAAUAUAUUCACAAGGUUACCUGUCAAAUCAAUUUCAAGAUUCAGAAUUUCAAAGGAGGAUGGAUAUCGUCACAUUUCAGAUCUGGGCAUUUGGGAAGGGAAACUUUGCCUACUUCGUAUGAACGAUCAGAUUGAUGUGUGGACAAUGAUUGAUAAAAAGUGGUGUAAACAUUUGAAGAUUACUGCACAUGUGUACUAUGGACAUCCAAUUCAAACUUUACAGAAUGGUGAGAUCCUAUUUGACGGCGGAGGAAAUGGUUUGCGGUCAUAUGACCCUAAUCUUGAAAGAGCUAGAGACCUGAAGAUACACGACUUCCCGGACGAUGCUGUUGUAGAGACUUAUAUUGAAACCUUAGCGGCACUCAACUCUGGUACUUAUGUCGGGCAAUAACAGAAAAAGUAACAACAAAGUAAAACAAGAAGAGAAAAAACAGAAAAUAAUGUCUGAUGUGGAUUUGGAAUUAUUAAGCAAGAAAGUAAGGGAGUGGUAUGGUAGAAAUGGAUGGUGUCAAUCUUUUUUAUGUUUUUGCACUAAGAAAAUGGUAGCAGAAAUGGUUCACUAAGAGAGAUGAUUUGUUGCAUGUAGCAGUGGAUUAUCCAAGAACCAAACUGAGUUUAGGUGCAUGGUGGUGAUACAACGACAUGUCGGGUAAUUUCUAUGCACUUUGCUUUUUUAGUGUUUGGAAUUUUCUUAUGCGACCAAAUGUUGAAACCAAGCCCUGAUAUAUAAUUUUCUUUAUCAAUUUAACUUUGGGUUUGGUUCUUUUUAAGUAUCCUGCAUUAAUUGGAACUUGUAUAUGCACAAACCAAGUGUCACAUAAAUUUUUCCUGGAUGUGGUUUUGCUAUUGCCAUUUGAAGGGGGCUAAACCUUAUUCAUCUCAGUAUAGAUGAGAG